UAGAGGAAGUGUUCUUCGCCCUUUAAAGUUGACAAAUGCCAUUUUCUAAUUUACUUGCUAAUAGUGUAAUGCCCAAUUAUUAUAUUCAGAAAUAAAAGUACUAAAAAUUCCAAGUGCGCCAUGGGUUGAUGAGAUAGUGUGCAGUACUUUCUAUAGCCUUGAUUUGGUGUGCAGUGUACAUCACCAUGACAACACCACCAGGAAGUGCUGGCCUACCUAUAGUUGGCGAUAAGUCUUUAGAAUUCUACAAAGAUGCAAUUGGAUUUGUUGACAGAAACAUCGCCCAUAAUAAAUCUCGUAUUUUUCUCUCCCGACUACUCAGCAAACCAACUGUAUUUGUGUCUUCAAAUAAAGGCGUGAAGGAGUUACUUGAAGAUAAAGCCAUGAACUGUGAUCUUGGAUACAAGGCAUUUAUGUAUGAAAUAUAUGGUGACAACAUACUCUUCACAGAUGGCAUCAAUUCAGUUGUUCUACGGGAAAUCCUUCACAAUCUUUUCUCUGCAGAAUCAGUAGCUUCUUAUCAGGAGUCUAUUCAGAGACUUACAAGUCGAGCUUUGGAAGAUUUACAUUCCAGGUCUCCAGUGAAUGUGUACAAGUUUUUCAAGAGGCUUACAACAGAGAUAUGUCUCAGUGUUUUCCUGGACAUUGACUUCCAGACGGCACAGGAGCUCAGCUCUCAGAUUUGUGAACUCACUACAACUCACUGGCAUGGAAUAAUAUCUGUGCCAGUUAGUAUCAAGAUGCCUAUGAUGUCAUCUUUUACUUAUGGAAAAGCCCUUGAAGCCAAGGCUCAGCUGCUGAAAAUAAUCCAAGACAAACUCAAGGAUACGACCACAUCAGGGUUUCCUCAGAAGAUACAAAAUGCCAGGUUCCCGCAUGCAAAUCUCGCACACAACCAUUUACUGCUGUUUACCUCUGCUUUAGUCCCUAAAGCUCUCGCCUCACUACUGACGUCAUUUGUUAUUGCUGUUAAAAAGGAUGAUUUUGAUAAAGCAAAUUGUGGCUCUACAUUCCUUGAUUGUCUUUUACUGGAAGUUCAACGUCUGUACCCUCCCUUUGUUGCUGGGAGACGACUAGUCCGAAAGGACUGUGUGGUUGACGGUUACAAACUUCACAAGGGUCAAGCUGCAAUGUAUAUGACAAGGCAAGCCCAGCGUGACCCACAGGCUUUCACAAAACCAGAAGAAUUUCUUCCCCAACGCUGGAUCAAUGCUGAAAAAGAUGAACGUAAGAAACUAUUUUGUUUUGGAGCUGGACCACGUUGUUGCAUUGGACAGAAUUUUAUAUGGAACAUCCUCAGGACUAUAACCCAAUCUCUACUACGCAAAUACACAUGGAACAUUCCAGAAGGCCAGGACCUCUCCUUUAAAUGGCUUCCAGUUUCAAGACCUUCACAUGAUGUCCUUGCCAAUUUUGUCGAACGGUCAUGAACAUAGCCAGAAUUUUAGAAUACACGAGGGAAAACGAAGGCAUUUAGCCAUGUAAUGAUGAUAAACAUAUUACGUUCACAUUUUAAGAUGCAAAUUGCUUUUAC